GCUAUCCGACGCGUUCAGUCGUCGUCAGGUUUCGAUCUAGACAGGUUGCCUCGAAGAUCGCUACAAUCUCACGUGGGUCGCGAAGUAUCAAAAGUAAAAGGACGAAUCAACAGGAUACGCAGUGCGUAGAUUUAUGUUAUAAACUAUUGCGAGUGCUGUGUGAGCCGAGUGAGCAACAAAAAGUGUUAGUGAAAGGCACAAGUUUACUUUCGAAAAAAAAAGUGAAAUAAAUUGUUGUUGAAAACAUAAAGUGGUUAAAUUUUGAAAGUGUCUCCACGAGGUCGAAGAAUUCAAUUUCCGCAACAGAAAACAUCAAUGAUCUAUAAGUGGUAUGGAAUUUCUUUUUCGCCAUCAAUAAGAUUAGUGUGAAGGAUAACGGUCAGAAUAAGGGUUAAUCCUUGUGAUCUUUCUUUCAAGUGAUAAUGAUUAUAUUUAUGUGUGAUGAAAUGCUGCACGCUGGCAACUGUUACGAAAUCGGGCGAUGCGUAAACAUAUGAGACAAAACCAGUUUGGACGGUUUCUGCAUACCACAUUGUGAACCUUCAAUAAAUAUAAAACCGAAGUACUCGUCGAGGAUAAUGUGAAAUACCGCAGCUGCAAUCAGCCAAGUGUAAAUUCAAUCUGUUGAUAGCCGCUGUGACAAAUUGGCAGUGUAAUCACUCCGGAAAGGAUCCAUCCUCAGACGUAUCCGUCCCGCAGUGAAAGAUUCCCGCAGUGCGAAGAGAUUCAACAAGUCACCUUCUACAGUGUAUCAUUUGCGUUGGAUUGAUUGGUUCCGCUGAGGAAUAAAAAAGCAGACUUAAGAUUGGCGCCGAAUGGACAGCCUGUGUCGGUAGAAGAUCACUCUGUUGAUCGAAAAUAUCAUCGAUCGGAAAGAGAAACCGUCGUAAAUUAGAUGGCACUGAUAAACAAGAUAGAUGAGCAACACACUCCCUUGGCUAGCUCUGAAUGAGAGACAGAGGGGACCCAAUUUUCAUAAUGUGGUCAUUCAACAACAACAAAAACUGCGAUAUCUCAAGAAGCGAUCAAAAACCACAUUGUAACUAUUUUGGUGCUAUUUCGGGGCACGAAAGGAUUUUGCCGAACGGUUUAUUUGCUGGAGCGAUUUCCGGAUGGCGAACGCGUGACCACCGGUUAUUACCAGUUCAGAGCACUAACGGGCUGGAACCUUGAAAACAAGUUCUACUACUCAUCAAUAAGGCUGUAAAGAUUUCCAAGAAAUAUAUAAAUAACUCUUGAAUGUGAUAAAUCUGGUACAAAACAAAAAUAUCAUAGGAUCGUAUUACUCCAUAGUUUUUUUAUGUGUAUCCGUGCUAUGAAGAAGUGACUGUGACUGUAAUCUCAUAAGUGUUCAUAAUAUUUGAAAUCAAAUCAUGCUCAAAUUAAACCAUUUUGUGGUGCUAACAACAGUAAUAUCGUUACAAAGCUCUCUGAUCUGUCCAAUCAAAAGUACGUUUCUUACCUCAAACAAUGCAACCAGCAUCAAUAUCGAAACUAGUCAGUACAAGUACAAUCAUGCCACAAACAGCAGUCACAAUACUAGCCCCAGCGAUGGCAAUGUCAUGGAGCAUAAAAAUCCCAAACCGAUGAAAAUCCUUCGGCGGAACUCGACACCUUCAAAUUCCUUCAACCAAAAGACUGCCUAUCAAUACGCGAUAAUGGACGACAAUAAGUUCGACACAACGGCGACUACCUCCGCUUCGUACUCGAUGACCGCGCAUAAUUUGUCCGCAGACGUGACUUCCAGCGUCGCCAAAUUGGCUGGCACUAGCACUCAAUCACCCGAAUACCCGAUUACCGAUGAUCAUGGUGAUGACGAGCCACAUAUCAAGUUCGCAAUUCUUCUGCCGGAAAAGCAGCGCAGACGGGACAUUCGAAUCCUAUCCACGGUUCGACCGGUUAUUGAAAUGGCCACCAACGUUGUGACGGGUCCGCGAGGGGUACUGCAGAAUGUGCGAAUUGAAGUCGAUUAUCGUGACACGCAGUGUUCGUCCACUUACGGUGCGCUCGGAGCUUUUGAUAUUUUUCUGAAACGAAAACCAGAUGUUUUUUUCGGGCCAAUUUGUGAUUACGUGAUUGCCCCAAUCGCUCGGUAUAACUCGGUCUGGGGAAUCCCAAUCCUCACCACCGGUGGAUUAACGGACGCCUUCUCGAUCAAGUCGCCAAAUUAUCCGACACUGACGCGAAUGAUGGGCAGCUACAGUGACACGGGGCUGGCGGUGAGAGAAAUCCGGAAGCACUUCAACUGGACAGUUCAGGGAUUCAUCUACCAUGACAAUGAUGAGAAAAGUGGCAAAGGUCACUCGGACUGUUCGAUGGCCGUCUCGUCCAUUUUCCGAGCCUUGAACACGACGGAUUAUUUCUCCCACAACUUCGACGAGCUCGAAACCAAUUACAAGGAGUACCUGAAGAUACUGGCGCUGGCGAAGAGAAAGACUAGAAUGAUGCUAGGAUAUGGAGAAGUUGUCAUCAUGUGUGCCAGUCCAACAACCAUCCGUGAGAUAAUGCUGGCAGCAGCCGAAUUAAACAUGGUUGACAGCGGAGAAUACGUUUUCUUCAAUAUUGAUAUCUUCAGCAGUAUGGCCGCCACCAAGAAGCCACCCUGGUACAUGAGGAACGACACGGAGGAGCGCAAUAUGAGAGCGAAAAACGCUUACACAGCGCUGCUACAAGUGGUCGCACGGCAACCAGAGGAUGAAGAGUAUCGCCGUUUUUCAGAUGAGGUUAAAUUGCUCACGAAAUCCAAAUUCAACUACACUUACCCCGACGACGAACCGGUAUCCACAUUUGUCACGGCAUUUUAUGAUGCCGUCCUGUUGUACGCAUACGCACUUAACGAUAGCAUAUCAAAACUUGGUGAAUAUCAGGCACUCAAGCAGCCCAUCAACGGAACCCAUCUGGCACAUCUCAUGUGGGGCAAAUCGUUCAAGGGUAUUACAGGGAACGUUACGAUCGACUCAAAUGGGGAUCGCAUUUCCGACUAUUCCCUGCUGGAUCUCAAUCCAAACACAGGAAUGUUUGAGAUAGUAGCAAAUUACUUCCACGACGGUGGUUUGCAAUUCGUGGAAGGAAAGGAGAUCCACUGGUCAGGAGGUAGAACCAAAGCUCCACCGGACCGACCCACUUGUGGAUUUGAUGGUUCUUUAUGUCCUGAUAAGUCUCUUCCUGGUUAUGCAAUCCUAUCACUGAUCCUUGGUGUGUGCGUAAUUUGCAUGGGAAUAGCUUCGUUUGUGGGAUAUCGCCACUAUAAACUGGAAGCGGAGAUAAAUUCCAUGACAUGGAAGGUGCACGCGAAUGACGUCCUUUUUUGUAACUCUAGUCGAGGCCAUCGAGGCAGUUUGCACAUGAUGGCAAAGCGCGGCAGUCAAACGACCAUAUACUCCGAUGAUCUUAACUCGUUGCCCGGAGAUAGACAAAUCUACAUCCAGUUCGGAAUCUACAAGGGCUGCAAAGUGGCAAUAAAGAAAAUUAACGUUACAAAUUUAAGCCUCAAUCGCACGAUGAUGCUGGAGCUCAAACGGAUGAAGGAUAUUCAGCACGAUCAUCUGGUGAAAUUUUUCGGUGCUUCGAUUGAAACCGAUCCAGAGCCAUUCAUCCUUACUGAGUACUGCCCCAAGGGCUCGCUCCAAGAUAUCCUAGAGAAUGAAACAAUCAAGCUGGAUUGGAUGUUCAAAAUAUCUCUCAUGCAUGACAUUGUCAAAGGUAUGACUUUUUUGCAUUCCACCGAUAUCCAUUCGCACGGUGCUCUCAAAUCAUCCAACUGCGUGGUAGACUCUAGAUUUGUACUGAAGAUCACAGAUUUCGGGCUCCAUCAGCUGCGGAAUCCAACUGAGGAACAGGAUCAGGAGAGUUAUGCAUAUUGGAAAAAACUACUGUGGACUGCUCCGGAGCUCUUGCGUGAUCCUCAACCUAACCCUGCCGGUUCCCAGAAGGGUGACGUGUACUCGUUUGGCAUCAUAGUUCAAGAGAUCGUAUCAAGGCAGGGUCCGUUCUAUAUGGGAGACGACGAGAAAUCCCCAAAAGAAAUCAUCAAAUUAGUCCGAAAUGGUCCGGAAUCAUACAACCCACCCUUCAGGCCGAAAGUGGACGAAACUUCGUACGAAGACGUCAACAACAUCAUGGUAAAGUGCUGGGCCGAAGAUCCAGACGAUCGUCCAGAUUUCAACGUAUUAAAAACAAUAAUUAGAAAAAUUAAUAAAGAAAAUGAAUCUGGUAACAUAUUAGAUAAUUUAUUACAGCGUAUGGAGCAGUACGCAAAUAACCUAGAGGCAUUAGUAGAAGAACGUACACAAGACUACUUCGAAGAGAAACGCAAGUGUGAAGAGCUUCUUUAUCAGUUACUGCCAAAAUCUGUGGCGGCUCAGCUGAUAAUGGGCAAAUCUGUGAUAGCCGAGACCUAUGAUCAAGUAACUAUUUAUUUUAGUGAUAUUGUUGGUUUUACAUCAAUUUCCGCUCAGAGCACACCGAUGCAAGUAGUUGACCUGCUCAAUGAUCUUUACACGUGUUUCGACUCGAUUGUGGAGAAUUUCGACGUUUACAAGGUUGAAACCAUCGGUGACGCUUACAUGGUUGUAUCUGGUUUACCGGUACGCAACGGAAAUCUUCACGCAAGGGAAAUUUCUCGCAUGGCUUUAGCACUGCUAGCCGCAGUGUAUAAAUUCACCAUUCGGCACCGACCAAAUGAGCAACUGAAAUUACGAAUUGGGUUACACAGUGGACCGUGCGUUGCUGGAGUGGUGGGGUUGAAAAUGCCUCGCUACUGUUUGUUUGGGGAUACGGUAAACACCGCUUCACGGAUGGAAUCCAACGGUGAAGCCCUGAAAAUUCACAUUAGCCAAAACACAAAAAGCCUUCUAGAUACAGUGGGCACUUUUGAUGUAACGAAACGUGGCCUGGUACCCAUGAAGGGUAAGGGGGAAAUGUUGACAUAUUGGCUUAACGGAGAGAAAACUGAACCUGUACAAUCUAGCUUUAAAACGAAUAAACUUUCGGAUGGCGCUACAACGGGAAAUGGUCCCCUAGCGCUUCUGAACGGAGCACCGCCAAUAAGUAUUCUCAACAAUAAUAAUAACAGCAACAUGUACAGCCUGAACAGCGCCCAGGCCGGCGGCAACAAGAAACCUAACAACGUUUCGUACAAUUUUCUAAAGGCUAACAAUACGAAGAAUUUGAACGCAAAGAUGAUGAAUUCCAAAGGGCACCUAAGUCUCGGUGGUGAAGAAACGAUCAAAAGUGUAACACAACCUCUGCUCACACAAAUCAACUGAUAUUCACUAUAUCGAAAGUAGUUGAAGUAAAAUUAAGAUAAAAACCGCGAAGUUUGUAAUCAAUUUGUAAAAAAAACAAUCGUCCAGCAAUGAAGUGACAAACCAAGAAUUUAUGGAUGGUUUCUAUCAGUACCGGAAAGUGUACAAAAAAAAUGAAAAUUAAAAACUAUACCAAAAUAUAAAUGUAUGUUAGUUCAUUUGAAAUGAUAACGUUGAAGUACUUAAAACAUUUGUGAUCUACUCUCUAGCCCUAGAAGUGAGCGUAAACAUUAACUGCAACAAUAUCAUUCGGUUUUCAUUUCGAAAAAGAUUCCUGAACAAACAAAUCCGGAAAAUAUGACAGCCAAACUAAUUCACGAACAGCACAAGGAUAUCAAAAUAUUUACUCAGAUCGUUGUUCAACAUCUGUAUAAACGUAAUGUGACACAAAAAUCGGUGAAAACAAAAUAAGAGCUACCAGUAAAAAGUGUAUUUACAACAUAAAAAUUAUGUUAUAAUUAUCUUCCGAAAAUUUCCUCUAGGAUUACUUUCAACAAAACAAAUAUGUUUGAUCCAAUCUUCAAAAACGUCUAUAUAGAAAUACCAAAUUUGCAUAAAUAAAAUCUACCGAAAAAAUGGGAAUGGGAGCUUGACGUAGGACUGUGGUUGUUUGUAGUAAAUGCGUUCGAAUUGAAUUUUUUCAUUGUUCAUAAAUCUGUAGUUUUUACUCCUUUGAUGCAUCAAACGGAGGUCCUGGAAUAACAAUUUCUUAUAAACGGGUAUUAAACGGACAGGACGAGAUAGAAUCCCGAACCACAUUCUAACAAGGACACGAGAUACUCGACAG